AUGGACUCUAUAGUGAUUGGCUUCUGGGUCGGACUGGCUGUGUUCGUCAUCUUUAUGUUCUUUGUUUUGACGCUGCUGACAAAAACAGGAGCUCCGCAUCCAGAGAUCCCUGAUCCCAGUGAAAAGCAUCAUGGUCUAGCUGACUGUAUGCUGGAGCUUGGCGGCUCUCAGGCGUUUUCUCUGCCGCCGCUGCCGGACGAAUCACGUUCCCUCUUUCACUUCUACAUUCACGAGGAGGCCGUCAGAGACGCUGUGACUGGCCGAGGGAGGCGUUGUGGGCGGGGCCCCGGGCUCCACCUCCAGAGGGCAGCGAAGGACGAAAGAGGAGAUGAAGACGAGCACUUCCUGUCCGACUUCCACAUUCCGAACUUCGUGAGCUCCGAGCAGAACUCCAGCGUCGGCAACGAUGACUUCCUGCCGUGUGAGCCGCCAAUCAUCACAGACAGCCAAUCGGCUGCUCUGAAGAGCUUAGAGCCCGCCCACACUUCCUAUGAUGUCAUCAGACGCUAAGCUAACACACAGACUCGUG